CAAAUUUUAUUUCGAAGCAUGAUAGCUACAUGUUUUUACCUUCUGUCAGUAAUAUUAACAGAUAUUGCAGCUCUGUCAGUAAAUUCUUCAAAAGUGAUUUCAAAGAGACAAGCACAGACUUCGUGCGACAAGGGAUGGUUUCCUUUUGAGGAUAAGUGCUACAGAACCGGAGGUACUAAAGAAAUGAGGUUGAACUGGGAGAGAGCAUCUGAGCGUUGUAGAGAGCUCGGUGGAAAGCUUGCUUCCAUACAUUCGAAAGAACAAUUAGAUUUUUUAACAGCUUUUCUUCUAAUGAACGUAAAAGAAACACUGUGGAUUGGACUGAAUGACCGAGAUAAUGAAUCUCAAUACAAAUGGGACGAUGGUACGCCUUAUGAUUAUUGGAAUUGGGAGCCAGAUGAGCCGUCAGGUCCCAGACUUGAGAAGGAAGAUUGCGUGGAAUUCAUUAUUUAUUCUGGAAGAGCCAAUGGAAAACCCGGCCAAUGGAACGAUUUAGAAUGUGGCCAUGACAGAGAAUUCAUUUGCCAGAAAAAGGGAAAAAAACAAGCCAGAAGAUAUACAGAUGCUAGAUUUUGCCCUCCCCGGAUUGGAGGCUGGAGAUUGAGAACGUCAUGCUAUCAUGUAAUUGAAAAGAAACUGCCAUGGCAGGAAGCUGAAGAUUACUGCAUUGAGACACAUAAUGGUCAUUUGGUGACUAUCAAUGACUUUUCAGUUAAUCUGUUCAUUGAAUAUAUACUGAGAAAUUACACAGAAGACAUGUGGAUUGGCAUUAAAACCAAAAAUAAAUUUCAACAACAAUGGUCUUCUGGGUGGUUUGUUGCCUUUACAAAUUGGAUGGAAGAUCCAGGGGACUUGCUGGAUGAAGCAUGCGCCAUUCGUAAUUUGAACCACCAGUGGACAACAGUCUCUUGUAAAAGACCCAUGCCUUUUAUCUGUGAAACUUCUACUGUUUCAGAAACUGCACCAUCUCUGAUGCCAUCUGAAGAAUUCUUUUGUCCAGAAGAACCUGCUGGGUGGAGAGAUUUUGGUGGUGACUUUUGCUACUAUGUCAAUACCGAUCAUCUGACGUGGUUUGAAGCUAAUUUUAGAUGUUUAAGAAGAGGCGGUACACUGGCUAGUUUCCAUUCCCAACCAGAACUAGAUAUUUUGCAGCCUUUUUUAAUGGUGCAUUUUAUGAAAGCACGAUUAUUUUCGUGGAUAGGUCUUCAUCGCCAUUUACGAUAUGAGGAAGAGUUUGUAUGGGUGGAUAGAACACCAAUGGAUUUCACAGCAUGGGCGAACAAUGAGCCAAACUUUGAAAAGGAACAAUGUGCUGAAGUCAAUCCUAACUCAAUGAAGUGGAACGACUAUUUUUGCGACCACCAUAGACCUUCUGUUUGCUCUAUUCAAAAAAUUUCUGCAAAUGGAACGACGAGCAGCGAAGUUUUAACCCCUGCAUGCUCUAGUGGAUUCUCAACAGAGGCUCUCCUUGGUGUUAUAUUUUGCAUACUAUUCGUCGCUCUUCUUCAAUCAGUUGUCGUUUAUUACUUUUGUGCUCAUGAUAAAAAUGGAAAACAAAGGAGGUCGUCCCAACAUCCUCCACUGAAAGUUCAAAUGUCAAGACACAAAUCAGAUAAUGAAAUUGUGAUAGCAGAUGAUUAUUAUGAUAAUUAUGAAAAUGUGAGAUAAAAAAACAAUGUUAUGUAUUUACUGACGACGUUGUGGUGCAUAAAAUAAUUUUAAAAUUUGGAUUGAAAACACAAUAAAAGAAUAUUUUCCUAAUUAA